UUUCUCGUAGCGUCAUCACGUGGAAACUUAAAAAAAUUUUAUCUACUUUUGGUGAAAGAUACUCGUGCCUGUCUUAUGAUAAUACAGCUUUUUUGGUGGUCCACCUAGAGGUAUGAUGCGUGGUCGUGGAGGUCCGGGAAUGAGGGGCGGACCGCCCAUGAGAGGCAGAGGAGGUAUGCCAAGUAGAGGACGUGGUGGACAUUAUGGUGCACCACCAGAUGCGGGUGGCGUUGGAGGUUCUCCCUCUGGAGUACCCCGAGGUAGGGGAGGAGCAGGAGGUUUCAGAGGUAGAGGUCGAGGAGAGUAUUCGAGUCGUGGAGGUGGAGGUUUCAGAGGUCGCGGUGGACUCGGUGGCGAUAGACCGCGUGGUGGAAGAGGAGGAUCACGAAUGCCAGGUGGUGGUCGAGGUGGCUUUGACCGUGGUGGUCGGGGUGGCGGUCGAGGUGGUCCCCAGAAGCGUGGUGGUGGUCCACCUGGUGCCGGUGGCCCACUCAAGAGGCCAAGGUUCGAUGCCGGUCCUCCUGCACCACCUAGUAAUGGUUACGUGUCGGCACCUCCAGCUCCAGGUUAUGGCAGUGCUGGUAACGGUUAUGCCCCAGCAGCACCACCUGCAAGUAACUACGGUGCAGGAUAUCCACAACAAGGCUAUGCUCAGGGCUACCAGGGUUACGAAAGUUAUCAACAGCCACCAGACUACGCACAGUCCGCGGUACUACAAAUAUUCAAAGCUAUUCCCUUUUAUGAUCCAUAUACAUUGAAUCUAAUUUAUUUUCAUCUGUCGUUGUAUCUAUGA